UAAAAAAGCAACACAGAGUUCUUUUCCUAUUAACUAAAAGAAACUCCUAGCUUGAUCAUGAAGCCUUUACUUAGCUUCCAACUUUUAGGUGUACUAUUUCUAGUUGACAUCCUCCAUUGCCAAGCUUUAGUUCACCGACGUACUUUUGUGUACGUCUCUGAUCCCCAAACUUCUAAACCCAAUGGAACCUGUCAGCUCGAGAUAAAUAUAUACAAACCAUUGCAGGUUAAAGAAGUCCCUUACACAAGAUUGUGCAGCACGAAGAACAUAUUGACUGUGAAUGGCCAAUUUCCUGGACCAACGCUUUAUGCUCGAAAGGGAGAUACCAUCAUCGUCGACGUUCAUAACAAAGGCAACCAGAACAUUACAAUCCACUGGCAUGGAGUGAAACAACCAAGGAAUCCAUGGUCAGAUGGUCCCGAGUAUAUCACGCAGUGUCCAAUUCAACCAGGAGCCAAGUUCAGCCAAAAGAUUAUAUUAUCAACGGAAGAAGGCACCCUGUGGUGGCAUGCACACAGUGAGUGGGACAGAGCCACCGUCUGUGGAGCUCUUGUCAUAUAUCCUAAGAAAGGAACCAAUUAUCCCUUCUCUAAACCACAUGCAGAAUUCCCCCUCAUAUUAGGAGAGUGGUGGAAGGAAGAUAUAGAGGAGCUUUACACUGAGUUUCUCAAAUCUGGAGGAGACCCCAACAUUUCAGACGCUUUAACCAUCAAUGGUCAACCUGGUGAUCUCUAUCCCUGCUCAAAACCAGAUACAUUCAAGCUAAUGGUUGAGCACAGCAAGACUUAUCUACUCCGUCUAAUAAACUCAGGCCUCCAAGAUAUUCUCUUCUUCUCCAUCGCCAACCACAGCCUCACCAUUGUGGGAUCAGAUGCAAGCUACACCAAACCAUUCGUCACAAACUACAUAGCAAUAUCCCCCGGUCAAACCAUUGACUUCUUGUUGACCGCCGAUCAAGAUCCCCACCACCACUACUACAUGGGUGCCAAAGUCUACACCGCAACUUCCAACCCAUUCGACAACACAACCACCACUGCUCUUCUCCAUUAUGGCGACUUCACUCCCUCGAAUUCUCCUCCUUUUUCCCCCUACCUCGCUCCCUAUAACGACACCAAUUCGUCUGUGAGCUUUACAGGGAGACUCAGAAGCUUAGCCGAUAAGAUCCACUCCGUUGUGGACGUCCCAUUGAACAUAAACGACCGUUUAUUUUUUACUCUUUCCAUCAACACGUUUCCUUGCCGCCAAAACGAUUCUUGUCAAGGCCCUAAUGGCUCUCGCUUAGCUGCUAGCGUGAACAACGUGAGCUUUGUCACUCCCACAGUGAACAGCAUAUUGCAAGCUUACUAUUACCAUGCCAAUGGUGUUUUCGGAGACAGGUUUCCCGACUUUCCGGAGACCCUUUUCGAUUUCACGGCCACGGAUCUUCCAUUGUACUUGGAGACACCGAAAUCUAGGACGGAGGUUAAGGUAUUGGAGUAUAAUUCGACGGUGGAGAUCGUGUUCCAAGGGACGAAUGUGACGGCGGGGGCGGCCGAUCAUCCAAUGCAUCUUCAUGGGUUUAGUUUCUACGUGGUUGGAUGGGGAUUUGGAAAUUUCGACAAGGACAAAGAUCCUUUGAAUUAUAACCUUGUCGACCCUCCGCUCCAAAACACUAUUGCCGUCCCUGUAAAUGGCUGGACCACUGUCAGAUUCAAGGCUGACAAUCCUGGCGUUUGGUUCAUGCACUGCCACGUGGACAGGCAUAUGUCAUGGGGUAUGACAAUGGCGUUCAUAGUGAAGAAUGGGAAAUUCCCAAAUGCUCAGAUUUUACCACCACCUCCAGACAUGCCACCAUGUUGAACAACUACUCUGCUGCUGAUACUGAUGAUAGUAAUCAACUCACUAUUCAUAUUAUGAUUUAUUAUUAAUUUAUUCCUCUGAUUUCAUCGAAAUAUAAAUUAUCUGAUGGAUUAUGGCACUUUGAACCAUGCUCAAGUUUGAUAUGGAUCAGCAUCAUCAUUUGUUGUUGUUGUUUGUGUAUAGGAAAAUAUUAUUCUAUUUAAUUAUUAGUUAUUAAUACUAUUAUAGCUCAGUUAGUGUUCAUGUAUAUGGUGGUGGUUAUUUAUUUCGUGUAGUUGUGGUAGAAUAAAUAUAUAAAUCUAUUAAUUGUAAAUUGAAGAUAUAAAUGAAUGAAGUUUAUUCCUAAUCAAA